AUGCUCAUCGUCAAGUCUGCCCAACGGCUCCCACGAUUGAUCCCUCUUGGAUAUCGUAAUAUCAGCAUGGUCCCCUCCAACCCCUCAAAUGAUUCUUCUUUCUCCCAUCGUCCAUCUCCCAUUCCUGCUCCUCCUCAAGCACAUCAUCCAAUUUCACCUUUAUACCAACGUCCUAAACUUCUUUCUCAACUGACUCGUUCCACAUUACCAAGUUCCAGUCUUACAUAUGCUCAAAUGGAAGAAAACAAACGAUAUCACUAUCAACAAUCACAUUUCAACUUACUCCAAAAUGGUGAAUCUUCAUCUUCGGCCUCGUGGCGAUUACCCACAGUCGCUACGAACGAUGAACCCUUUCCUGAUCUUGACCCCACAACAGGUCUUCCACUUGAGAUUUCCAGACAUACAGAGGAAGACACAGACGUAGCGUCAUUACAUUUACAAAGAACGAUAACGGAUCUAAUGAAAACCCCUCCUAAACAAAAGACUUCGUUCUUACCUUCUUUACCAUCCAUACCUCUUACGUGGCCAAAGGCAACGGAGAAAGGGGUGGAGAGAAAGAGGAGUAUGUCUACUUCGAGUAAACAAGACGAUUGGUUUGGCUGGACACCAGGUUGGUGGUCUGGUCAUAAAAAGGAUGUGGACAAAGAUUUGGCCGAAGAGGAUCAAGCGGAGACAGUGGAGGAAGAACAAGAGAAACUCAGAAGGAAAUAUAAGACACCGAAAUAUCCGUUGGUGUUUUGUCAUGGACUUUUGGGGUUUGAUUAUAUUGGUCCGGCCAGUCUACCUCCACUUCAAAUCUCCCACUGGCGAGGGAUCCGCGAGGUGCUCGAAGCUAACGGCUGCGACGUCCUCAUAACCCGCGUCCCCGCCACAUCAUCGAUCAAAGACCGAGCUGCCAUACUGGAAGAAGCCAUCUCCGAACGAUAUCCUCAUCAGAAAAUCAACCUCAUUGGACAUUCCAUGGGAGGUCUAGAUUGUCGUUUCCUCGUUUCUGAAUUCCCAAACAAACGAUUCACCCCUGUAUCCUUGACCACAAUCUCCACUCCUCAUCGCGGCUCCCCAUUCGCCGAUUACGUUAUCGACAAUGUCAUCGGAAGGGAACGUCUGACGAGUUUGUUGUCAUUGAUGGAAACCUUCCGUCUACCACAAUCCGGGGAUGGGACAGCGUUCGAAGCUCUAGGCACUCGGAGUAUGCAAGAGUUUAACGCGUUGAUACUUGACCGACCGGACGUUAAGUAUUACAGCUGGGGAGCGAGUUUUGAACCGGGUCUUUUGGAUACUUUCAGAUGGCCUCAUUCGGUUGUAUUAGCGAAAGAAGGACCGAAUGAUGGGUUGGUUUCUGUUCAAAGUGCUCAAUGGGGUGAAUACCGGGGUACAUUGUUAGGUGUAAAUCAUCUGGAUCUGGUGGGAUGGGUGAAUCAUGUUCGAUAUGCAUUGUCAGGUUGGACAGGAAAACCUAUCACAUUCAAACCUGCCACAUUUUAUCUCGAGGUGGCUGAUUAUCUGGCUGAACAGGGUUUCUGA